AUGGCCACGAUUGAUCGGACGGAGACCUGCUGCUCAAUUGAGGAAGAUGCCGAUGUGCACCAUCGGAGGAAGAAGCCGCAGCAUGGCGACCCUAACGAAAUUCUGACUUUCAGCCCGGCUCAUCAGGGCGAGGCCGACACUUCUCGAAGCAGGAAGAGAGAGCGGUCUCCCCCGCCGGGGACCGACCAGACGAUCAACUCACCUUGGUGCGUGAGCACAAGCCAAGGUGACUCCCUUCUAUCGAGAAGACAGAUCAAGGCCUAUGCCCGGCAAGCCUAUUAUGUCGGGCAGAGAGUGUUGCACGCCAGCAGUAGACCGGCGCUGGAGCCAAUGCCGAAUAAAAUCUCAUUCACCGAUGAAGACGCCUUUCUAUUCGACCACCCCCACUCAGACGCCAUGGUGAUCACGACGUCAAUCAUGGCGAUAAAAAUCCAACGCAUCAUGGUCGAUACUGGAGCCUAUGCGAGCAUCCUCUUUUAUAACACUUUCAAGAAGAUGGGGAUCGACAAGAAGGAUGUGCAGCCUUGUCGGGAACGUAUCCAAGGCUUCAAUGGACAGUCAACAACCCCGGUCGAUCAAGUAGUGUUGCCGAUCAGGCUGGGGGAAAAAGGGCAACCCACGAGAACGGUCCUAGAUACUUUUAAGAUCGUGGAUUGCCCGAGCGAGUACAAUGCCAUUCUGGGCAUGACAACACUUUACAAGCUGAGAGCUGUCGUCUCCAUCUUCCACUACUCCAUCAAAUUCCCGAUCUCGGAAGGAGAAGGUACUCACCACGGAGAUCAGAGGGAAGCAAGGGAGUGCGUUCUAACCAUUCCACGAACAAAGAUACACGCAGCUAACUCCAUCCCCAAUACCUAG